GUUUAAAUCCGGGUAUCUGUGCUACAUUUUUACAACAAAGUUUAACCAGUCAAUCCUGAAGAAAUAUACUACGGAUUUAUAAUAAAACUUUGAAAACUUUACAAAAUGGCAGCAUGUAAGGAUUUCAGUAGAUCAGUUGUAGGAGGUUCUGAUGAAGUGAAAGAUAUUUUAUGUGAACCUUGUGAACAAGAUGGAAGACGGACUGAGGCUACAAGUUACUGUGUUGACUGUUCUGAAUAUUUGUGUGGACAAUGUUACAGAAACCAUAAACUAUUUAAGGCUUUCAGAAACCAUGUACUUCAGGACAAGAGCAAUAUGCCUCAUACUGUCACUGGAAUCAAUGUAAAGGAUUCAUGUCUUACAAAAUGUGACCUACAUUCAGACAAGGUUAUUGAAUAUCUCUGUCGGUCAUGUGACAGGCUUGGCUGUACUACAUGUAUUACACUAGAUCAUAGACAAUGUGAGAAAGUUGAACAUAUUCCAAAAAUUGUUAAAGCACCAAACAUCAGUCAAGACUUUCAAAUUAUAUUGCAGAAAGUUGAUAUUCUUUCACAACAAGUUCAAGACAAAAAAAGCACAUUAAAAUCAAUGUCAGGUACAACCGACAAUAUGAGAAAGAUGGCAAAGAAAGAGCUGAACAAUCAACGAGCUGAAAUUAACAAAUUCUUUGAUGAACUUGAAAAAGAAAUGGACAAAAAGAUUGAUGAAAUGCACAUAAGUAAUACAGCUGUUGUGACAGCAGCAUCUAAAACAUAUGAUACCAUCAAUGAAGACCUUGCAGAUUUUAAAACAAAGAUCACUACAAAGCAGAAAGCUGGGCAACAUAGUGAAGCAUACAUAACUAUGAAACUUUCAGUCACAGACAUUGAUGCUGUUGAGAGAAAAUGCCAAAACAUGGAGGCAGGAAGUAAAAUACUGAAAUACAAACUUCUUCCUUCAUCCCAGGUUAAAGAUAUGAAGAAAAAUGUUACUGAAAUAUGCAGACUGGAAACAGAAACUUUGUUCUUGGAUCAAAGUGUAACACAAGCUACCGGGAAACAACAAUUACAAAUUACAAAGUUUCCUGCAAAAAUUCAAGACACCACAAAAAAGACAACUAAAAGACCUGAUUUGUCAACAUUGAAAUCACCAAGACUGAACACAGAGAUAAAUGUUAGAACCACCAAUGAUAAAACAUGCCCCUAUGUAAUAGGUGUAACAAUGAUACAUGAGCAUUAUAUUGUUGUUGCAGAUGAUAACAAUUCAAUAAAGGUGAUUGAUAUAAGGAAUAAGAAGGUGACAUCAGAAAUUAUUACAGGGGAGAAAAUGUGGAAUGUUACUACUGUAGAAAAAUGUAAAAUUGCAGCAACAUUUACACAUAAAAUACAAUUUCUAACUGUAUCAAAGUCUGGUUUACUUAGUAAAGAUUAUACAAUUGACACUGACCUGGCAUAGUUUGAUCUAGUAUAUAACAAUGAAAAUUUAAUAGUGGCAGAUGGUUCAAACAUUCAAAUUAUUGAUAUGCAAGGAUGCAUUAUAAAAACUUUUCACACUGAUUCUGAAGGUAAAAGUCUGUUUACUGGCUGUAAUGGUUUAGCAAUCAGUCAAGACCAUGAAACAAUCUAUGUAUCUGACUAUAUAAGGAAUACUGUUACUAGUAUGACCUUGGAGGGAAAGGUCAAGGCCAUCUACAGAGACAAUGACUUGAAAGAACCCCGGGGUAUAACAGUAGACAAUGAAGACAAUGUGUAUGUCAUCAGUGCCGGUACAAGGAAUGUUCAUCAGCUAUCUGCUGAUUGCACCAAACUGCAGGUUUUUCAAGACAUGAAAGGUCGAAGUAUUACCUGCACUAACACAAACAAACUUGUUGUGGGUGGUGUUAAAUGUAUAAGAAUGUAUGACAUAUGGUGAAAAAAUGAGAUUAUAUGUAUUUAACUGCUAUAAAAAAAUUUUUUUGGAAGGUUAUAAAAUGAUUAUUAGGCACAUGUCAUAUAGGUUACUAAAAUAGCAACUACAUAGAAAUAUUCAAGUACCAUCACUGAAAUGCUUUACCUCCCAAUUACUUCUUUCAGUCUGGUUAAAUGCUACUGCGAAAUAGUUACAAUUUAUGGUGUACUAGUUUUUGAGGAUUUUGUGAUUUGCAUUUAUUUACUAAAUUAAAUCCCUACAAACAUACAGAAUUCCCAUUCAAUUUAUAUUCAGAAGUUGUAAUCUCCAAGAAAUAGCUGUAUUGACCCAAACAACGAAAUUUCAAGCCCAUGAAAUUAAAAUAUCGAAUAGCAUAUCAAAUAUUCACUGGAGGAGAGGUCUAUUACAAAUCACGCCUCCACAAUGACAUGUCAUAAUAUUUCAAUACAAUUGUUGCUAUGUAGCUCAGUAUGACCUGGUUGAGGUUAUUCACAUGUGGAAUAACUACCGUGAUAACAUUUAUUUUAAGCCCAAUCCCUGCCUUUUAAGACGCAUCUUAAUUCAACAAGAGCACCGCCUUGCGGGUGCUGACGCUCAUCUGAUUUUUUUUGUGUAAUAGAAAUAUUGUCCUACCCAUGAUUUUUUAAGUCUAAAAAGGGCCAUCAUUCUUGCAAAAAGCAGGACAGAGUUAUGUUUCUUGAUGUUUAGUGUCCACUUAUGAUGGUGAAAAACUGUUGCAAGUUUUAAAGCAAUAGCUUUGAUAGUUUAUGAGAAAAGUUGACUUAAACAUAAUACUCAACCAAGAAAAUGAUUUUCUAAGUCCAAAAGGGGCAAUAAUUAUUGCAAAAAGCAGGAUGGAGUUAUGUUGCUUGCUGUACAGGGUCAGCUUAUGAUGGUCAACAAGUGUUGCAAGUUUCAAAGCAAUAGCUUUGAUAGUUUAAGAGAAAAAGUUGACCUAAACAUAAAACUUAACCAAGAAAUCUGAUAUUUUCUAAGUCCAAAAGGGGCCAUAAAUCUUGCAAAAAGCAGGAUGGAGUUAUGUUUCUUGCUGUACAGGGUCAACUUAUGAUGGUGAACAAGUGUUGCAAGUCUUAAAGCAAUAGCUUUGAUAGUUUAGGAUAAAAGCUGACCUAAACAUAAAACUUAACCAAGAAAACUGAUUUUCUAAGUCCAAAAGGGGCAAUAAAUCUUGCAAAAAGCAAGAUGGAGUUAUGUUUCUUGAUGUACAGGGUCUGCUUAUGAUGGUGAACAAGUAUUCCAAGUU